AGUUCUGGGGACAAGCCGGCCUCCCUGAAAACGCACUGGGGACUACAUUUCCCGGUGUGAGAGCGGCUCCUGCAGGCCGCGCCUUACGGGGGCGUCACACCGUCCGCCGCCGCAGAGUCCAGACCCUAGAGAGGGUUUGCGGGGCAGGCCUGGAAGGGGGCGAGCCUUUCCUCCCCUCCCGCUCGAGCGCGGCUGACUCUGCUUUCCCGUACCCCGCCGUCUCGUGCCCCGCGCCCGUCUCCCCGCAUCAGCUUUUUCGGUGCCUCUCGGGCAUCCGGGGCUUGGGGAGUCCAAAGUAGCGGCCGUUACCCCCCACGCGGGAGUGAGGGGCGCGCCCCCUGCGACCCCGCCAUCGCGGCACCCCGCCAGCACCUCCAUGGGCCCGAGCCGGAAGCCCAAUGUGUGCCGCAGGCUGAGUCGCCGGACUCAGGGCUUCUUCUCGCGCGAUGCAGGCGUGGUGCAGAGGACGAAUCUGGGCAUCCUGCGGGCGCUGGUGUGCCAGGAAAGCACUAAGUUCAAGAACGUUUGGACCACUCAUUCCAAGACACCGAUAGCCUAUGAGAGAGGAAGAAUAUAUUUUGAUAAUUAUCGGUGCUGUGUCAGCAGUGUUGCAUCAGAACCAAGAAAACUUUAUGAAAUGCCAAGAUGUUCCAAAACAGAAAAAAUAGAAGAUGCGUUAUUAUGGGAAUGUCCAGUGGGGGAAAUGCUGCCCAACCCAUCAGAUUAUAAAUCCUCACUCAUAGCACUCACUGCUAAUAAUUGGUUACUCCGAAUAUCAACAACUACGGGAAAAGUCCUUGAGAAAAUAUAUCUUGCUUCAUAUUGCAAAUUCAGAUACUUGAGCUGGGACACUCCUCAAGAAGUCAUCGCAGUCAAGUCAGCUCAGAACAAAGGCUCAACUUUGGCCCGGCAGGCAGGCAUUCAACAGUCUGUUUUGCUGUACCUUGCUGUGCUCCGUGUCCUCCCUUUUUCCCUCAUAGGGAUUUUGGAGAUCAACAAAAAGAUUUUCGGCAAUGUUACAGAUGCUACUUUGUCUCACGGAAUACUGAUUGUGAUGUACAGCUCGGGACUGGUCAGACUCUAUAGCUUCCAAAUCAUCACUGAACAGUUCAUGCAACAGAAACUUGACUUAGGGUGUGCAUGCAGAUGGGGUGGGACUACUGGAACUGUGGGAGAGGCUCCUUUUGGCAUUCCUUGUAAUAUUAAAAUCACAGACACUCCACCGCUGCUUUUUGAGGUGUCCUCGCUAGAGAAUGCUUUUCAGAUUGGAGGUCAUCCUUGGCACUACAUCAUCACACCUAAUAAGAAGAAACAAAAAGGAGUUUUUCAUAUUUGUGCCCUAAAAGACAAUUCCUUGGCAAAAAAUGGAAUCCAAGAAAUGGACUGUUGUUCACUAGAAUCAGACUGGAUCUAUUUCCAUCCUGACGCAUCUGGUAGAAUAAUACAUGUUGGCCCAAAUCAGGUCAAAAUUUUAAAGCUAAAUGAAGUAGAAAAUAAUAGUGCCCAGCAUCAGAUCUCUGAGGAUUUUGUCAUUUUGGCCAACAGGGAGAAGAACAAAAAUGAAAACUUAUUCACUGUUACAUCUUCUGGACGAGUAGUAAAAAAAAGUUUUAACCUUUUGGAUGAUGACCCAGAACAAGAGACUUUCAAAAUUGUGGACUAUGAAGACGAGCUGGAUUUGCUUUCUGUGGUAGCUGUUACUCAGAUAGAUACUGAAGGGAAAGCUCAUCUGGAUUUUCACUGUAAUGAAUAUGGAACUCUGCUUAAAAGUAUUCCACUAGUGGAGUCAUGGGAUGUGACAUACAGCCAUGAAGUCUACUUUGACAGAGACUUGGUACUACACAUAGAACAGAAACCGAACAGAAUCUUCAACUGCUAUGUUUACCAGAUGGUGUGCGACCCUGGGGAAGAAGAUGAUGACGGAGAAGAAACUGCAAGUACAAGUUGUGAAAAAGAAUGAAGUUUAGCAAAUUUUUAAAAAUCAGAUGAGGCUUAGGAGACUUGUAGCCACUCACCCCAUCGGUUAUGUCCAAUUUUCUUUUUUAUUCUCUGCAAUAGUAUAUUCUCCAGCAUUUUCCAGUAAAGGUCUCAUGUUGACUAGAUGACUCUGAUUUAUUUUUUUAAACUAUUGCCACAAAUGGUGGUGAGGAUUCUGUUUUAUGUAAAAGUUGUUUUAGAAUGACUACCAAAGAAGUCUAGUAUUUGGGAGCUCUUACCUAGAUGGUAAUACACACAUAAAAUAUUGGGAAGCAGAGAAGAAAGUACAGUUCCAGUUGGUAGGGAAGUGUUUAGCAUUCUUCUUAAAGGGUACUCUGAAAUUUCAGUUACUAAGACUGAGAGGUAAAGAUAAAAUGAAGCUAUAAAGAAAGAGUAUGUUCACGUAUUCUGUAUCCUCUAUACCAAACUUUGUUCAAGGAUGAAAGCUGUAUCUGUGAUGUGAAAGCAUACUUUUGAGCCAAAAAUGUCAUCCAGGUGUCUUUUAAUCUUGUGUGUGCAUAGAUACUUUGUAUUUGUGUUGAAUAUCAAAAACUGGCUGUAUUUCAGAAAUUAAUCUUUUUCUCCCUUAGAUGUCCACUUAAUGUUUCUGUUAUUUAGUUGUGUUUCUUUUAUAGAUAAAUGUAAAAGAUUCUAAGUAUACUUUUAGUGAAAAUUUUUUACAUAUAAAAAUGUUCUCAUUUCAAUACUAUAUUUAUUUAAUGAAUAUUUCAGUUCUGUUUAGCGUUAGUUUUAUAUCUGUAGAAUAAGGUAAAGGCAUUUUGCGUCCUCCCAUCUCUGCUCCUGUGUAAGAAUAGAUCAACUGGGAAUUAUUAGCAGCUUAGGAACUGACUGUUAAGCUAGAAAAAGCUUUUGGUUCUAUCGUAGUUGUAAAAUGAGUAUUUUUUCCUUCUUUGUUAAAAUCCAUCUAAACAUUCCUUAAACUAGAUAGUCACUCUUCAGUAGAUAUAAAAACAAAUGGGAGAAAAUGCUUUUUUAUGCUUUCUAGUUGAGAAAUUCAGGUGCUUGUAAUCCAAGUGUUCAAUACAUUUCUGUGGUAUAACCUGAGAAGAAUAACAUUAAACUAAAAAGGGACUGAAGCAAGUUAUUUAUUUAUUUAUUUGUUUGUUUGUUUAUUUUGCUGAUUCAGAUUUAAGAUUAAAAUUAGAAAUUUUUAGCUUAAAUGAUUUAAAAUUACUGAGUUUUGCCUUUCAUUUUGACUUGAUUCCAUAUUAAGAAUGAUGUAAAUUCUGCCCUUGAAGUUCACAGAUAAAUUUCAAACUUAUGUUCAACAGGGCUGAGGAAAAAAACAGUCAUUCUACAGUCACGAAGUUAGAAGAAGGAGAAAAAAAUUAAAUAAGAAGCAGAGUCUAUAAAUUUAAAAGAAGUAAAGGGAGCAAAAUUUGAAAGGAGAUUGCUAACAUUUUCAAUUAAUGGAAAAUAUAUGGGAGCCGGUGGUGGCACACCUGGUUGAGCACACGUUACAAUGUUCAAGGACCUGGGUUUGAGUUCCCAACCCCAAGGUGCAGAGGGAAAGCUUUGUAAGUGGUGAAGCAGUACUGCAGUUGUCUCUCUGUCUCUCUCUCCCUCUUUCCUCUCAAUUUCUGGCUGUCUCUGUCCAAUAAAUAAAGAUAAAACCAAAAAAUUAUGGGAGUCGGGCGGUAGCACAGCGGGCUAAGCGCAGGUGGUGCAAAGCGCAAGGACUGGCAUAAGGAUCCCGGUUCAAGCCCCUGGCUCCUCACCUGCAGGGGAGUUGCUUCACAAGUGGUGAAGCAGGUCUGCAGAUAUCUGUCCUUCUCUCCCCCUCUCUGUCUUCCCCUCCUCUCUCCAUUUCUCUCUGUCCUAACAGCGACGACAUCAAUAACAACAAUAACUACAACAACAACAAAAAAGAACAAGGACAACAAAAGGGAAAAUAAAUAAAUAAAUGUUUUUUUAAAAAGCCAAAAAAUUAAAAAGAAAAUAUUUGUGAACUAAAAACAAAUCUUUCUGAUUUUGAUCCUGUGUAUAAUGGCCAGCUGGGAAAGUAGAAGUGGUUACCUCAUGAGCAAGAUAAAAUAAUCUUAACAUAUUAGAUUCUAGUAUUUUUAUAUCUCCUAAUUGAAAAAAUAAAGCUAGUUCUCAUUUUAUGCAGAUUUAAUAUGUAAUACUUUACAUUUUUAGGCCAUUUUAGAAGCACGAUUUUGGUUACAAAGCUUUUAAAUAUUUAUGAUCUACUAAACAAAAUUUCCCAAAACUCCAAAUAGACACUAAUGAAUCUGCAUCUUGAAAAUGAACUUGGUAAGAGGAGAUAGAUUAAAAAUACUAGGGAAAGGAAGAAGUCAGUAUUACAUAGGCUUCAGGGCAGAUGUAGUGCUAUGUAAAAGCAGAAAAGUUAUUCUCUAUUUCUAAUAGAGUUUUCAGAAAAGGAUGUUGUUAGACCUUGACCUCACCAGCUUCUUUCAAAGGUUUUUUUGUUUCUUUGUUUCCCUUUAAGUCAUUGCCAUCUUUUGAUGAAAUUAUAGAAAUGAACUCAUCUAUUCAGAAAGGCAUCUGAGAUUCUUUAUCUGCAUUUGUGCUAGGGCAGGUAGGUGAAAUACUUCUAGUUUAAAUAUGAUGACCACUAAGAAACUCUUAAUCUUUCACUACUGCCAAAUUUCAGACUAAAUCAGAAUCUGCAUGUCAGUCAUAUGGGCCAGGUAGAAUAUGUACUAGCUUGAAACACAGAGAUUUGCGGACAUUGUAGCAAACAGUUAACAGGACAAGCAUCUGCUACUUCGUUUCUUCUUUUAAUAUUUACUUUAUUUAGGAUAGAGAAAGAGAAACUGAGAGGGAGGGGGAAUUAGGACAGGAGAGAAAGAAAGACACCUACAGCGCUGCUUCAUCACUUAAGGCUUCCCCUAUGGAAGUGGGAGCCAGUGAAGUGAAGUUGGGUCCUUGAUCAUUGGCACAUGUGCUCUCUGCCAGGUGUACUAGGCCCCUGCUACUUCAUGUCAAUAAAUUGUAACAUAAGAAAUGUGAGGUAUGUUGUUAAGAGAUCAUUGCAGAGAGAGAGAGA